CGGAUCUUUCUCGCUCAGACCCUUCGCAGCGGUGACUCGGCAGCAGCGUCUCGCGUCAUCAGUGACAGCCCCGACCUCUCGCUACGCUCUGCGUCGCUCUGCCGGGAGCAGUCACCUCCUCCCUGGCAAAUAGUCCUCGGCGGGGUCCGAGCUUUCCGGGGGGCGAGGCGAGGGGAGGCGCGGGGAGUCGGCGGCCCGAGGACGCGGGAUCGACCGGGAGAGGAAGCGAGGGACCUAGGUGUUCGGCAGUAGCGUGUGAACUCCGUUCGACACCCCCUUCCUCCUGAGGAUCCCUCCGCCUGCAGUCGCGGUGGUGUGGCCGAGGGAGCCGCCAUUUUGGAUGUUCGGUUCCUGCUGCCACUGCCGCCGCCGCCGCCCCCGGAGCUGCUGGUUUCAUUCGAGGUUUCGGGCCGAGGAUGCCAGCCCCCAUCAGAUUGCGGGAGCUGAUCCGGACCAUCCGGACAGCUCGGACCCAAGCUGAAGAACGAGAAAUGAUCCAGAAAGAAUGUGCUGCAAUCCGGUCAUCUUUUAGAGAAGAAGACAAUACAUACCGAUGUCGGAAUGUGGCAAAAUUACUAUAUAUGCACAUGCUGGGCUAUCCUGCUCACUUUGGACAGUUGGAGUGCCUCAAGCUUAUUGCCUCUCAAAAAUUCACAGACAAACGCAUUGGCUACUUAGGGGCAAUGCUAUUAUUAGAUGAAAGACAAGAUGUGCAUCUUCUCAUGACCAACUGUAUCAAAAAUGAUCUUAAUCAUAGCACGCAGUAUGUACAGGGGCUAGCACUGUGUACCCUUGGCUGCAUGGGCUCUUCAGAAAUGUGCAGAGAUCUUGCAGGAGAGGUAGAGAAACUCCUGAAGACCUCCAACUCUUACUUAAGAAAAAAGGCAGCACUGUGUGCUGUUCAUGUCAUCAGGAAGGUUCCUGAACUUAUGGAGAUGUUUUUACCAGCAACAAAAAACUUAUUGAAUGAAAAAAACCAUGGUGUCCUUCACACAUCUGUAGUCCUCCUCACAGAAAUGUGUGAGCGAAGCCCAGACAUGCUUGCACAUUUCAGAAAGAAUGAAAAGCUUGUGCCCCAAUUAGUUCGUAUUCUAAAGAACCUCAUCAUGUCCGGAUAUUCACCAGAACACGAUGUUUCUGGUAUCAGUGACCCCUUUUUGCAGGUACGAAUUUUACGGUUAUUAAGAAUUUUAGGACGAAAUGAUGAUGAUUCUAGUGAAGCUAUGAAUGAUAUAUUAGCACAGGUUGCCACUAAUACAGAGACUAGUAAAAAUGUAGGAAAUGCUAUUCUUUAUGAAACAGUUUUGACUAUCAUGGAUAUUAAGUCAGAGAGUGGACUGCGAGUCCUAGCCAUAAAUAUCCUGGGUCGUUUCUUAUUGAACAAUGACAAGAAUAUUAGAUAUGUAGCUCUGACAUCUUUGUUGAAGACUGUGCAGACAGAUCAUAAUGCAGUGCAGAGGCACAGAAGCACCAUUGUGGACUGUCUGAAAGAUUUGGAUGUCUCAAUAAAACGGCGUGCAAUGGAAUUGAGUUUUGCCCUAGUAAAUGGGAAUAAUAUCCGAGGCAUGAUGAAGGAAUUACUUUAUUUUCUGGAUUCCUGUGAGCCAGAAUUUAAAGCCGACUGUGCAUCUGGAAUCUUUCUUGCUGCAGAAAAGUAUGCACCUUCCAAACGGUGGCAUAUAGACACAAUUAUGCGUGUUCUGACAACGGCAGGAAGCUAUGUUCGUGAUGAUGCAGUCCCCAACUUGAUCCAGUUAAUAACCAAUAGUGUGGAGAUGCAUGCCUAUACUGUCCAGCGCUUAUACAAAGCAAUUCUCGGUGAUUAUUCUCAACAACCUUUGGUACAAGUAGCUGCAUGGUGUAUAGGUGAAUAUGGAGAUCUUCUCAUAUCUGGCCAAUGUGAAGAGGAAGAGCCUAUUCAGGUAACAGAAGAUGAAGUGUUGGAUAUUUUAGAAAGUGUCUUAAUCUCUAAUAUGUCUGCCUCUGUGACACGAGGUUAUUCCCUCACUGCCAUUAUGAAGCUUUCUACUCGAUUCACCUGUACUGUAAACCGAAUAAAGAAAGUGGUUUCCAUCUAUGGAAGCAGCAUUGAUGUGGAACUCCAGCAGAGGGCAGUAGAAUACAAUGCACUUUUUAAGAAAUAUGACCAUAUGAGGUCUGCCUUGCUUGAGAGAAUGCCUGUCAUGGAAAAAGUGACCACAAAUGGUCCUACGGAGAUUGUGCAGACAAAUGGAGAGACAGAACCAGCUCCGCUAGAGACCAAACCACCGCCCUCUGGGCCACAGCCGAGCAGCCAGGCCAAUGAUUUAUUGGAUUUGUUGGGAGGAAAUGACAUAACACCUGUUAUUCCAACUGUACCUACAAGCAAACCAGCUUCUGCUGGUGGAGAGCUUCUUGAUUUGCUGGGAGACAUCAACCUUACAGGUGCUCCAACUGCUGCUCCUGCCCCUGCCUCAGCCCCACAGAUAUCCCAGCCCCCUUUCUUGUUGGAUGGGCUUUCAUCACAACCUCUCUUCAAUGAUAUCACUACAGGCAUCCCCUCUAUCACAGCAUACAAUAAGAAUGGCUUGAAGAUAGAAUUCACCUUUGAACGGUCAAACACCAACCCCAGUGUCACGGUGAUAACGAUACAGGCCUCUAACAGCACAGAGCUGGACAUGACGGACUUUGUUUUCCAGGCUGCGGUACCAAAGACAUUCCAGCUGCAGCUUCUGUCUCCUAGCAGCAGCGUUGUCCCAGCAUUUAAUACGGGGACCAUCACACAAGUCAUUAAAGUUCUGAACCCACAGAAGCAACAGCUGCGAAUGCGGAUCAAGCUCACAUAUAAUCACAAGGGCUCAGCAAUGCAAGAUCUAGCAGAAGUGAACAACUUUCCCCCUCAGUCCUGGCAAUGAAGGUCCGGCACCAUUCUUAUUCUUACCCCACUCAAUCAAAGGAACUCUGGGAAGGAGGUUGUGAUUGCUGGCAAGUCCCCCCCAACUGUACCAUGGGCACGAGGAGCUGAAGAGAACUGUUGAGGAGGAUUUUCCUAAAGUAAUUGCUGACCUUGAAGCAUUGUUAAAGACUAAUCUCCUCUCCUCCACGGCUGAGGCCGGCUGCUUCUGGAGGCUAGUUUGCACUCUUCCUCCUCUUCCCUUUUUCUGCACUUCUCUACCCCUCCCACAUUAACAGCCAGAAUCAACAUUCCCUGGGCCCCUGAGGAAAAAGCAGCUGGUCUGGAGGAGAGGACUGGAAUCCAUGGCAAGAAAACACUCACACCGUCUCUACAGCAGAGUUGCCCCUUCUUUAUACUGAGUUUCUCUGUGGACUGGGCGAGGUGGGGUAUUUAUUCCUCACUAGCUGUGUCACCAUCAUCAGGCGCUUUUUACAUCUGGCAUUCAGAAUGGAAACGUAACCAUGAACAUUAGGGAGACCUGCCUUUUCUACUGGUUCCCCCAAUGUUUGAAAGGCAAUAGGCUCCUGGGAGCCUUUUCUGUGCUUUGCUGUAUUCACACAGACACACACAUGUAUGUAUGCUUGUUACCAAGAACUGGUCAGACUUUGAAAGGUUAUUUGUAAACACUGGACAGAUGCAGUUAAAAAGAGCUUUUGUUGAGAUUUGGCAUGAAGGAUAUGGUGCUCUAUUUGUAAUAGAAACUUCCAAGGCUCUUCCAGCUCCCCUUCCUUUCCCUUCUUGAGCUGUAGUGAUGAAUACUCUCCAUGAUUUUCAAAAUUGACUCCCCUUAAAGUGCAAGGUGGACAGCUUCUAAAAGAGAUUAUAUAAGUAGUUAUUAAUGCCCCUAUUCCCACCACAAAUUUUACAGUUUCUCUUAAGCCUAUAACUUGCCUGAUGAACUAUGGUAAAUGGGUGGAAAGAGGAGUUUACCACUUUUAAAGAUUAGACUCUCUAACAAAAGCACCUUUGCUCAUAGGAAGAGUUGAGUAUCAGACUCAUCCUAGAGCAUACUGGAGUCAUCCUCCAUUACUCCAAACGUCCCUUUUUAUUUCCUGAGCCUGGCUUGGACCUUGGCAUUCCGUUUGAAUUCCUUCUUCUAACUGGAACAUUUGUGUUGUAUCUGUAACACUGGCACUGAAAUAAAGACCACACGGUUAAAGAAAUCUUUCCUAUAUUGUACUUCAUGGUGUUGGAAUGAAGCCUUGUAGCUUCCUUGUCCCCUGUGUCAGAGGAAUGGACACCAUAGGGCAGGGAUAUCCUUUCCUGAGUCUGAGAAAUUGGUCUCUUGAGAGAGGCCAGUCUCAUGAACAUCUGCAUCAAAGACUGGAGAUCUGGAGCUUUCUAAAAACUAGGAGGAGUUCUGAAUGCUUUUUAGAAAGGACCCUUGCGAUUUCACACCUUAACACUCAGUUGCUGGAAUAAGGUAGGGUGAUUCUCCUGUGGCCCAUGUUGAAUGUACUGUGUACGUUCAGGUGCACAGGUGCCAUGUCUGAUAUAUUAAAGAAGAAAGGAAGAGUCAGGCUCACCUUGCUCUUAAAACGUUGGUAAUCAUUACUGUAUUGAGUACAGUAUAAUGACUACCUUGGCUUCAGUCUUAAACCUGGGUAUAAAUAUCCAUUUCCCCUUCAUUUCACCAAGCCUUUACUUCAAAUCUACAGUGUCUUGUCAAAUCUAGCUCUGUAUCAGAUGCUAGGCUAAUCCUUACAUUUGACAAACUGGAAAUGAACUAAAGGCUUCAAAGGGGAAACUUCCAGGUUUUACUAAAAUAUAAGAGCAAGAUUUGCUAAAAUUUAACUCCACUGGGUAAACGGUUGACUGAGUCAAGAACAGGACAUUAUCUUGUGCGUAGUUUUCAGUGAAAGUAAGUGUGGACUAGUAUUUUUCACAACUGCUCUGCCUGCGCAAUGAAAAAUCGCCUUUAGAGGUUUCUUUGCAGACUGAUUGCAUUGGAUGGACACUUAAUGCUGUGAAACAUGAUAGGAUUAACACAGUGUUGGUGGAUUUCUCGACUAGAAUUUGUCUAACAUUCCUCUUUGUGGUAGAGGCUUUCUUUUCUCUCAUGUUUAUCGUUAACCAGCUCAAGCUUCUUUAGUUGAACUGAGUUGAAUUUGAGAAAUCUGCUGAAGAUCAAGCUCUAAGGCAGUGCUAGCUAAGGAGCUGGAAAGGGUCUGCUCUUUUAACAGCAUCUCCUUGGGUGAUCAUAGUUUUAAGGUAGAGCAUUGUCUGAUCACCCAUAGCUUUGUCUAGGAGGAAUAGAAAUCAUGGCCUUAACACAAAGGGUGCUGUGUAGAAUAUGAAGUGAUUUCAGAGAGAGAACCCGACCGAGCAUGGGACUGAAGGACUAGAGGUCAGAUUACUUGCCUAGGAUACUGAUGGUUGUGAAGACUGUUUCAAAUGAUCGGAUCUUUGAAAGCUUCAGCGUGCCUUAGUUUCUAGGAUCGGAACUAGUUCUCCCUCACUUGGCCUUGCUGCUAAAAGGAGGAAUCUCUUAAUUGCUAUGAAUAACUUAAAACAUUUCAGUAAUUUCUUUCCCUAGUAUAAUAACCAUUCAAGGGGGGAGCAAAUGUGGAUAGAUUUACAACUUUAGAGCCAUUGUGAGGAAAGAGUGAUUUCCGCGGCUGUUUCAGUAACUUCAGGGUGAUUAGCAGUGAGCCUACACACACUUACUUGGACAAUUUCACAUGCACUUUUACCUCAUUUUUUUCCUCUUCUGGAGUAGUUUGUGUCCUAGCCCCUCCUACCCCUUCCUGCCCCUCCCCCCGCCUCCCCAGUAAUACUAAGGGAGAAUUCAUCUAAGUUAUCUUAAAAAACAGUAGGGAGGGUGCUCUACCCGAGAAACUUCUCCCAUAAUGCUCCGGUGCUGUUAUCUUGAGGUGACUUGGACAGUCAUGGAAUGUUUUAUGCUGUGUAUGGUGAUCAUCUGUUCAUUUUAAGAUAUUUCUCAUUUAAAGAAACAUUCCUCAGUGUAACACUUGGGAGGGGAUUCUUUCCUCUUGCUAGGUUAAAGAUGUCCGUACCUCUUGUUUUGUCCCCUUCCUAUGAAAAAAUGGACUUUGAAAACUGUCCAGCACUAACGGUUUGAGUAUUUCUAUCUAUAUAACAUGCUUUCUAUUUUUAUGUUCUAGAAGAAGUUGGCAGUUAGGGGAUACUGUUUUUGAGAUUCAACAUCAUUACCUUCUGCAUUGGAAAAUUUCGGGGCCAUGAGAACUAAAGGAAAGAGAUUGAAUGUGUAUAUAUUUUUUUCUAGUGAAUGUAUUUUAUCCACAUUGUCCUAAAUGGAAAGCCGGAGAGUAAAAAGCGGAUAUUCAAAAACUGGUUGGCGGAGAGGUGGUACAUGUUCUCAUGCGUUUGGGAGUGGGAAGGAUCACUGAAGAGAAGACUGCUCAGAAUGUGUUGAAGAUUAGAACACUCUGACCAGCUUUGGCUCAGGAGGGUGGGGCUGCUUGUAGAACUGGAAGCGAAUAACUUUCUCAAGCAAUAGCAGUGAGUGGGUCCCACCUAUGGGGUUCUUGGACCGGGAACAUUUAAACAGAAGAAAAUGCUGAAGCAGCUUGUACAGUUGCUUCAUGAACGUCCACGAGGCCGAUUCUGGCUUUGGGAUGGAGCAUUGGAGUUUAUUUGUUUUUGUGUUUGGAACCUGCUGUUGCCCUUUGUGUGUUUUGUUUUUGUUUUCUACUGGGGGGGCCUCAUGGGAAAGAGCUUCUGAACUCUUUCCUCUGGGAACUCCCACUGUGUCCCUGUAAAGUCCCUUUUCUUUCAAAAUAUUGUAAGUUACAUUUUCAUUAAGCCCCAUCACAUCUUCUUUACUGUAAAAAUAUUAAAGGCUGUUUCCAAGUGGGACAGCUAAUGAAGUUCUAAUUAUUGCAGACAUAUUUUUGAGAUGUAAAAAAAAUUUAAAAUUAAAUGAUAAGCCUUAGAGGCGAGUGAGAAAUAAAAUGGAUGUAAACAUUUACAUGGGAUGCAUUAGAAUUCUGCUGUGUGUAUUGUCUUUUGGUUGAAACAAAUUAUGAACAGUGACUAAUAAUAAAAAGUCAAUACUCAAUGAUUUAAA